AUGGCCGGUCUCUUCGGCAAGAGCAAGGACAGCUAUGGGGUCGAGUUCUGGACCAACCCGGAGAGGACCGGGUGGCUGAUGAAGCAAGGCGAAUACCUCAAGUACUGGCGCCGGAGGUGGUUCGUGCUCAAGCAGGGGAAAAUCUUCUGGUUCAAAUCAGAAAUCCUCAACUCGGAAAGCAUUCCCCGGGGCGUGAUUCCUGUGAACACCUGCUUGUCGAUCAAAGGGGCUGAGGACACGUUGAACAAGCCGCAUGCCUUUGAGAUCACCACCGCCGAUGACAAGAUGUUCUUCAUCGCCGACACUGCAAAAGUAAGAGGCCAUCGAUGUGGAUGCCAGGACACAGUCGGCUUUAGCAAAUGGCAACAGCUGUUUGCCCUUUAG